CCCUGUCCUUUGCUUUCUGCCUCUGUAGUGGGAACAGCAUGGCCUGGAGUUUCCGCGGGAAAGCCCAGCUUGGAGGACUGCUCCUCUCCCUCCUCGGCUGGGUCUGCUCCUGUGUCACCACCAUCCUGCCCCAGUGGAAGACUCUCAAUCUGGAACUGAAUGAAAUGGAGACCUGGAUCAUGGGGCUUUGGGAGGUCUGCGUGAAUCAGGAGGACGUUGCCGUGUGCAAGGCCUUUGAGUCCUUCUUGUCCCUGCCCCAGGAGCUCCAGAUAUCGCGCAUCCUCAUGGUAGUCUCCCAUGGGCUGGGGCUACUGGGACUUCUGCUCUCUGGCUUUGGGUCCGAAUGCUUCCAGUUUCACAGGAUCAGAUGGGUAUUUAAGAGGCGGCUUUGCCUCCUGGGAGGGACUUUGGAAGCAUCAGCUUCAGCCACUACCCUCUUUCCAGUCUCUUGGGUGGCCUAUGCCACAAUCCAAGACUUCUGGGAUAACAGCAUCCCUGAGAUCGUGCCUCGCUGGGAAUUUGGAGAUGCCCUCUACCUGGGCUGGGCUGCUGGGAUUUUCUUGGCCCUCGGCGGGUUAUUCCUCAUCUUCUCAGCCUGCCUGGGAAAAGAAGAUGUGCCCUCUCUCCAGAUGGCUGGCCCUACAGCCCCACCAUUCUAUGCCCCAGCAGACGAGUCCAAUGAGUCCUUCUAUCUAACACCAAGACCUAAGAACCUAUUCAUCUAGGAACUGCUACUGCCAAGGAAUCUCUGGAAUAAAGAAAUGUCGGUAGAAUCCUUUCUCUUCCUUAUCCUUCACCACUCUAUAUUUAUUUGCCUAUAUGGGGGUGGUAGUCACUGUCCCAUUUGUUAAGGAUUUGACUAUCUUGAUGAUCCAGUAUUUCAGAAUGAAAAAUCAAGGCAGAAUUUCAAACAAACAUGUUUUUCUGAUUUAGAUUUUACUUGUUUAAAAUGCUUUUAAACUCAUUAAUUAUAUACCUGAUUCAUUACUAAAUAUAUUGCAAAAGUACAUCUAUCAUAGAAAAUCUAGU